CGCGACGGGGGUCGCCACACGGACUUUGGUUGGCUUUUUCCUCCACAUUCACUCGGGAAUCUUCCGUUUUAUGUGAUUUGUAUUUUUUCCAACAUAAUUCCUUCCAUCUCGCUGCCUUUUGAGGCUCGCGCCCGGCAUGACGCGCGCGGCGGGCAGAUGGAGCUCCGUGCGGACGUAUUUGCUCUUCGUGCUGCUGGAGCGUUACUGGGAAGCCGCGUGCGGCCAGCUCUCUUACUCCGUGGCGGAGGAGGUGAAUGUGGGGACCGUGGUGGGAAAUAUCGCCAAGGAUUUGAGCCUAAACCUGCAGGAUUUGGAGUCCCGCGGCUUUCGGAUCGUUGCGGGAAGCAAGAGGAAAUAUUUCGAGGUAAACCUCAAGACUGGCCUCCUCUACGUCAAUGAGAGGAUCGAUCGGGAGGAGCUGUGCAAAAAACAAGACAAGUGUUCACUCGUCGUAGAAGCCAUUAUUAAUAAUCCUUUAAAAUUACACCGAACUGAAAUUACGAUAUUAGAUGUUAAUGACAAUAGCCCAUCGUUUUCCACAAAGGUUCAGGUGUUAAAUAUCAGUGAGAACACAGCAUCAGGGGCGAAAUUUCCCUUGCAUGCAGCUCAUGACACAGACGUCAGCAAAAAUUCUGUAAAUUCAUAUAAGCUCAGCCAAAAUGAACAUUUCCUCCUUGAAAUACAUAAAGGAGAAAGUUUGACACCAGAAUUAGUGCUGCAGAAGCUUUUGGACCGAGAAAAACAGGCCACGAUCACUCUCAUGUUGACUGCGAUCGAUGGAGGAACGCCGGCAAAAUCAGGCACGAUGACGAUCGUUGUCAAUGUGUUAGAUAGCAACGACAACGCUCCUGUUUUCAGUCAAAAUCUGUACAAAGCGAGUGUAUAUGAGAAUGCAAAAGUUGGCACAUCAAUAAUAACAUUAAAUGCAACAGAUUUAGAUGCUGGACAAAAUGGACAAGUAACCUAUUCUUUUAGUGCAGGGGCGGAAGAACCACAAAGACAUAUGUUCACAAUUGAUGAACGUAAUGGAAUCGUAACAAACAAGAAAAUUAUUGAUUUUGAGGAUAUAAGUGCUUUUGAACUCCGAGUUCAGGCCAGUGAUGGAGGCUCAUCUCCGUUAACCUCUCAUGCCAAAUUGCUGAUCGAGGUUUUAGAUGUCAAUGACAAUGCCCCGGAAAUUUCUGUAACAUCUUUGAUGAGCACGGUGAGGGAAGAUGCAACGAUUGGCACCGCUAUUGCAAUCGUGUCUGUGCUGGACAAAGAUGGAGGGAAAAACGGUUUGGUGCACUGUCACAUUCAGAACGACGUGCCUUUUAAACUCCAGUCAAAUUAUAAGAACUCCUUUUCUUUGGUUGUGGGCGGCCCUCUCGACAGAGAGAGCGUGUCUGUGUACAACAUCGACAUCGUUGCCAGUGACGAAGGGGCUCCACCGCUGUCCAGCACAAGGGGAGUUUAUGUCCAGAUCGCCGAUGUCAACGACAACGCGCCCCGCUUCCCAGAGCCCCUCGUCAACAUUUACGUCCAGGAAAAUAGUCCACCGGGGGCACUCGUACACAAAGUGGCUGCGCUCGAUGACGACAUUGAGCAAAACGGACGCGUGACUUACUCGCUUUUGCAAAGUAGCGGCCAGUCGCCGCCGCUCACCACCUUGAUCAACAUCAACUCGGAGAGCGGCGACAUCGUCAGCUUGCAGUCGUUCGACUACGAGACGCUGCAGACGCUGGAGUUCAAAGUUCAGGCCACGGACGGCGGCGUCCCUCCGCUCAGCGGCAACGUCAGCGUCAACCUUUUCAUCCUGGACCAGAACGACAACAGUCCCCGCGUUCUGCCGCCCUAUUCAGAGCACGGCUCGGCCAACGGCGAGAGCGUCCCCUACUCCGCCGAAGCGGGAUACUUUGUGGCGAAGAUCAGGGCCGUGGACGCCGACUCGGGUUACAACGCGCUGCUCUCCUACCAGCUGUCGGAGCCCAAAGGCGGCAACGGGCCGCUCUUCCGCAUCGGAAGCGGCAGCGGGGAGAUUCGGACCAGGAGGAGAAUGAGCGAGGAUGACCUGAAAAGUCACCCCUUGGUGGUGUCGGUGUGCGAUCACGGAGAAGCCUCCCUGUCGGCGACGGUGUCCAUUGAUGUGCUGGUGCUUGAAAGCACAGCUGACAUCCGCACUCAGUUCAGACAUGUGCCCAGAAAGGAGGAGAGCUUCUCCCGUUUGCACUUGUAUCUGCUCAUCGCCAUCGCGGCCGUGUCGCUGGUCUUUCUGCUCAGCCUGCUGGCUUUCGUAGCCUUCAAAUGCCGCAGACGGACGGACGGCGGCGCCCCCGUGAUUGCCGCCCACCCCGACGGGAGCUGGUCUUACUCCAAAGCGACGCAGCAGUACGACGUGUGUUUGGGCUCCGACACGCUCAAGAGCGACCUGGUGCUUUUCCCCGCGGCCUUUCCGCCCGCCGAGGCCGAACUGAUCAGCAUUCACGGAGGCGACACCUUUACCAGGACUCAGACUUUGCCAAACAGCGAAAAGGUAGGUUUAUAA